CUGCUGUUGCUGCUGGCUCCGGAAUCUGUCAUACGUAUAUACCCUGUUCGCCCUUCGCUUUGGUAUCAGGCUACUUUUGGCCUCUAAUGGAGAAAGGGUGAACGUACCAAAAGCAACAACAUGUCUGCCUCAGUGGUGAGAGCGACUAUUAGGGCGGUUAGCAAGAGGAAGCUACAGGCCACCCGUGCCGCCCUUACUCUGACACCUUCUGCUGUAAAUAAAAUAAAACACUUACUUCAAGAUAAACCAGACAAUAUUGGGUUAAAGGUAGGAGUGCGUACAAGAGGCUGCAAUGGUUUAUCAUACUAUCUGGAAUAUGCAAAGUCCAAAGGAACAUCUGAUGAAGAGGUAGUUCAAGAUGGCGUGAGAGUGUUCAUAGAGAAGAAAGCACAGCUAACUCUACUGGGAACGGAAAUGGACUAUGUAGAAGAUAAACUCUUCAGUGAAUUUGUUUUUAAUAAUCCAAACAUCAAGGGGACAUGUGGAUGCGGUGAAAGCUUCAACAUUUGACACAAAAGCAGCCUGUCUGCAUUCAGCAUACUAACAUUAAGUUCUGGUGUAGGCUUUUGUGGUAAAGCACCAUAGAGCAUGCUUGACUUGAGCUAAUAAAGACUGUUUUGUGAACAGUGAUAAACAACA